CUGAAGAAUGCUCUACUUUUCUUCAUGGAAAUCAAUGAAUAUAAAGGAGUAAGCUAUUAUGAAGAUUUUGAGAGGACGAUGCUUGAAGAAACUGCUACUUACUACUCUCAGUUGACUCAGCAGAUGCUUCUGAGUGAUUCAUCUGAAGAUUACAUUCAAAAGGCUUGCUGGUGCUUGAAUCAAGAGAAAGGAAGAGCUAGUUACUACUUGCCAGACAGCACACAAUUCAAGUUAAUAGAGGUUGUCAGAUGGCAAUUGCUAAAUCAAACAGUGGACAGACUGAUCGAAAAGCAGAAGAUUUUGAACAGUGGUAUGGUAACUGAUUUUCAGGAAAUGUUGUCAAAAUAUGCUGGCAUGACCCUUAAAGAGGAAAGCUCUGCAACAAGACAAUGAGAAUGUUUGUUUUCACUGCUGGCAAAUUCAAUGCGGAUAAGCUAAAACUGGUAUAUAGUUGGAUGGAAGACUUUCAACAAGUUGUCUUUUUUUGGCCCUGUUAUAGUUACUAGAAAAUGACUCAGAUUCCUGUCAUUAGAGGAGAAAGAAAGGUUUUGAUGCUUUCACAAUGUAGCUGUUAGGGCAUAGGGAAUAACAUUUUUUUCCUUUUUAGAAUUGCAUUUAUUUUGACUACUAGGUUUAUGCA